CAUUAAAGCAAUAUUUAAGUACGUGGGAUUACAUUUAGCCUUUUUCUGAGGACCAUGAGAUGAGUAGGAGGAAGCUUUUAAGCCAUGGUUGUUGUCUGAGACUUGAGAUUGAAGGAGGAGGCAAAGAUCAAAAAACUCAACUGAAGGCACCAGAAUAAAUCCAGUCUGAAGCAGACAGCUGGGUCUUCAAGUUGUUUUUCAAGAGGGCCGAAAGCACGGCGAGGAAGAAGACAUGGAGCAGCUAACAAAACUCCUCCUGUGGCAGCUUUUGCUUCAGCAAAGUUCUGUUCAUUCAUACUCAGUCCCAGCUGAUGCCUCCAACCCAGCCAGCGUGGUGGUGUCAGUGCUAAACAUCAGUGCUGCCCUGGGCUCCCAGGCUGUGCUGCCCUGCAAGAGCCACCGCAUGGUGUGGACCCAGGACCGGCUCAACGACCGCCAGCGCGUGGUGCACUGGGAUGUGCUCAGCACCUACUAUGGAGACAACAAGAUGGAGAGGCUGUGUGACAUGUACUCAGCUGGCAGCCAGCGCAUCUACAGCUCCUACAACCGAGGCAGGAUCCUCAUGCCCCAGAAUGCCUUUACGGAUGGCAACUUCUCCUUGGUGAUCAAAGGUGUUGCAGAGAGUGAUGAGGGCAUAUACUCUUGUAGUCUUCACCAUCACUACUGCCACUUGUAUGAAACUGUGAAAAUCCAACUAAGUAUCACCAAGAAAGCCGAGGACGCCGGCGAGUACUGGGACGGGGAGAAGCCUGUGAUCGUGGCUGCGGAGGGCAGCACAGUGAUGCUGCCCUGCGUGAACCGCAACCACAUCUGGACGGAGCGGCACAGCGAGGAGGAGCAGCAGGUGGUGCACUGGGACCGGCAGCCCCCGGGGGUCCCUCACGACCGCGCCGAUCGCCUGAUCGACCUGUACGCCUCCGGGGAGCGCCGCUCCUACGGGCCCCUCUUCAUCCGCCAGAAGAUGAACAUCACCCAGGCGGCCUUCGCCCUGGGGGACUUCUCCCUGAGGAUUUCCCAGCUGGAGAGCGCGGAUGAGGGCACUUACUCCUGCCACCUGCACCACCACUACUGCGGCCUGCAUGAGCGCAGGAUCUACCGAGUCUCGGUGACCGAGCCGGAGAGGAAGGAGCUCAACAGCACCAACCGCAUCGCCCCCGCGGCAGAUCCAAAUGUUGUCAGGGGCCACAAUGUAAUAAAUGUCAUCAUUCCUGAGAGCCGGAUGCACUUCUUCCAGCAGCUGGGCUACAUCCUGGCAACUCUGCUGCUCUUCAUCAUCCUCCUCAUCGUCGUCGUCCUCGUCACCCGCAAGCGCCGGCAGAGAGGUUAUGAGUACAACGUGAAGAAAUAUGGAGAGAAGGAUGUAAACCUCAAAGAAUUUACAGUUGACACCACAGAUCUGACUCAACAGAAAAGUGAAGACAUCAGGCUGGAUUACAAAAACAACAUCCUGAAGGAGAAGGCUGAGCAAGCCAGAAGCUUCCCAGCAAAGAACAUCGAUUUAGACAAAGAUUUCAGGAAGGAAUACUGUAAAUGAAGACAUCCCCAAGCUGCUGGCUGGCCCAGAAGCUUCAAGCAAAGACAGAGGAAUGGAAGGGAGAUGCCUUUUUUACAGCUCAUGUCCUUCCAGAUACCACAGAUUGAUUUUUUUUUCACCUAGACUUCCCCCCCUCCCCAAGCACAAGGGUCUUUGCAAAUGCUUCUUGACAGAGUUAGACUCUCUUGUGUGCACUUAGGAUGGGUUUGGGUUGCCUUUCCUCCUUCUCUUCUCCCACCCCUCCAUCCCCCCUUUUCUUUCUUGAUAUUAUUGUUGGGUUUAUGCCUCCAUGGUUUUUUAUGAGCUGAAUCAGCAGACCUUUUGCUUUGAUGUUACUGCUUGAAAUAAACCAACCUGCAGCACUCAG